UUGCUGUUGACUUGAUGACCCGAUGAGGGGAUAAGGACUUGAGGAGAUGAGGGAAUGGGGGGAUGAGGUACAUCAGAUCUACUCAUAUAAGUAGAUCGUAACGCAUAUAUUUUUAUUCAGUUUAUAUCAGUGCUGUGAGACCAUAUAGUUGUACUUUGAAAACAAGAAAAAAAAAUGAAAUCAGUGAUAUUGCUGUUGGCCUUUGUUGCCGUGGCAGUUAGUAAAGAUAUUGUUGCAGUUGUGAAACUCAUGCCACACGACAGUACGAAAUUUGUCACUGGAAAUAUUAAAUUUGUCCAAAGUAAUCCGACUGGGCCUGUAACAGUUACUGGAACAAUUAAUGGACUUACUCAGGGUAAACAUGGAUUCCACAUUCAUGAGAAAGGAGAUCUUACCGACAACUGUACUUCCACUGGUGGACACUAUAAUCCCGAAAAUCAAGAACAUGGAGCACCAACAGACACUGUAAGACAUAUUGGAGAUCUUGGAAAUAUUGAAGCAACAGCUCAAGGUGUUGCCAACGUAAAUAUUGUUGAUAAAAUGAUCUCUCUAUCUGGACCAUACAGCAUUAUUGGACGUGCUGUUGUUGUUCAUUCAGGUGUUGAUGAUUUUGGUAAAGGAGGACAUGAGUUAUCAAAAACAACUGGAAAUGCCGGUACUCGUUGGAGCUGUGGUGUUAUUGGAAUUAUGUAAGCGAGAAAAUAUCAUCAUCAACAAGGAACAGAAAGAAAAUUAAAUAUAUACAUUAUUAUCAUUAUCAUUUUUUUUUCAAAUAUAUAUUAAAAAAUAACAGUCUUAGUCGUGUAUCAAGGAUCGAAAAAAUUUUAGUGUUUGUGAUAAUAAAAUUAAUAUAUAUGUAUCCAUAUAAUAUAUAUCGUAAUUGAAUGAUUUUAAAUAGUUAUGAUUAUUAAUAAUAAUAAUAAAAUUAAAAAUAA